AUUGGACAAAGCACGGGCCAAUCAUUGAGCUCGUGACUACGAGCGGUACCAAGGAGCUUCGUCAUUGGUCGAAAGUGACGUCAAUUUCAAGGUUCCCUUUUAGUUUUCCGUGUAAUGCCGUAUUACGUCAUCGCUCUAGAGGUGGACAGACCGCAUCCAUCGAGAAGAAACACUCGUGCUCUGUGCGCGAAAAAGAAUAGACGUUUGUUCGGGCAUUGCGUCCGAUACUGAUAGUAAAAUACUGAAAUAUAUAAUUUAUUGGUAUGCAUAAUAAAUUUAUUCGUUCAUAAGUAUACAGCUUUACUGUGAACAGGGAGUUUACUCCAGCUUUACUAGGAAGGUUGAGGAAAUCUCGACUUUCCCUCAGAGGCGCGCGUGGUAGCCACCAUUUCAUUUGAACAACGCGGUGAAUCAAAUGUGAGGAUGCACACUACCCCGACAGUCUUCCUGUCAUGUAGUUUUUCUUUUCUUUCAGGAUUAUUGUUUUUGUUUUGCAAUUGUUGAAUUCUAGUAGUUGUUUCAAAUUUUAAUGUUUCAGUUUUCCAAUUUUUGUACUAAAUAGUAGGCAAGUUGUAGUCUCUGGUUGUUCAUUUCGAUUGGAUUAUUUUUGUAGCCUGUGUUCUGUAUUGCAUGAAUUCAGAUUUGAAAAUGUUUCUGGUAAUAAGUUGUUAUCAUAUGUAAGAUUAUUAGUUCCAUUUUUUUUUUCUGAAGGUAUUUAUUUCUUUCAUUAUGUGUACUGGCAGUGGUUGGAUGUUAAAUUAGAUUGGUUUUUAAGGCUUUUCAUAACAGAGAGAUGUAUGCAGGUACAUGUCGAAAGGUCUUAAUCUGAGAAAUGCUUGUACGUAUUGAAUUUCUCUUGAGGAUAGACCUCCCAAAGUUUCUGUAUGAUUGGCUGUAGUAUUAUUUUAUUGCUGAGAAAACCUAGUUUCUUUAACUUUUUUGCAUGGCGUAUGCUAGUAGCAUUGUUUUAAAAGUGAAGCUGAAAGAAUUUAGUAAUUCACAUUUUCACAGCAUAAACAUGGGCCAAAACACGUACGAUUGGUACGAAUGCUGUGUUAUCUGAAUUAUGUGACAACAGCUUUCCAAUUUUCAUUUCCUAAAGAUUGAAAUAGUGAUCUUACAUUCAUCACCAGAGAAAUAUGAAAGUGGCAAUUUUUGUUCGAAUUGCAUAUUGCAAAUGGCCCGGUGCAGCUCUGCAGAGUUCUUAAAAGUUAUUUUUUUUUCUAAUGUUUGCCAACCUGCCAGCUUAAAAUUGCUGAGUGUUUAAACAUUUUGGCUUGAGAGUUGGUCAUAUAUCAGCCACGGGAAGAAACUCUGUCCACAUCGCGGGAUGAUCGGUGGAAAUAGCAGAAACCUGGCAGGCCGGGAAAAAUCCUGCAUUUAAAAAAAUUCUCAGCUGGCAACUUUUCAGGCACCCGGGCCUCCGUGCUUGUGCGAGAAGUGUAAGCGAGGCCGCGCUUGGCUCGUGACGUGACCACAAAGUGUCGCGUGUUGCCCUCUUGGGCUGACCCGAGUAUCGUGACGUGUGGGUUGUGUGCCGUGAAGGUUGAUGAAUGUGGCAAGUGCUUGUUGCUGUCUUUAUCUUUCUUACUAAUCACUCACUUGUUCCCACUUCUGUAUGUGUUACAGUUGAAAGUGCAUCAUUGCAAUGCAGGUGAGUUCUUUUUUUAUUCCAGUUUUAAAUUAGCGGUGGCCUCCCGUGUCGGGUUCCUUGGGGGUAGCUGGCAUGUUUUGUACGUGCUUGUUUCGCGGAGUGGUUAUGUACCUGCUUUGUGGAGUGUAUGUUGAUGACGAGAUUCGGGUAGUGGCAGUAGGUACGUCAGCUGCCAGGCAACAAAGAAUAACAUUGCCAGAUAAUCAUGUUACGAGCUGGGUCGUGCAAAACUCGACAGGCAAACAAGCACCCAAGUGGCUAGUCAACUGCAGAUUGUUCAUAACAAAAGAAAAGGAAAGGAUAAAAAAAAAUGUUGUAAAAAAAUACAUUUCUCACUGCAGAUGAAACUGACAAAAUUUAAAAUAAUUUAUUGUGUGCUAAUUUAAUGAAUGAUUUAAGAAGAAAAAAAAGAUUUGUGAGAGAAUAAUUUAAAUUAAAAUAAUUUAUUGUGUGCUAAUUUAAUGAAUGAUUUAAGAAGAAAAUAAGAGAUUUGUGAAAGAAUAUGAUUAAGAUGGAUCAGAUAAUUUAUGCUGGUGGAUUUUAUAAACCUGAUAUUUGUCAUGUCUGCAUAAAAGUUUGCAGAAAUUUUUUUUUAAGGAUAUUGCAGCGUAUGCUAAUCAAAAAUGGGAUUAAGUAUAGAAGAAAUUGUGACAGUUGUUAGCACCUGAUAUGACGGUAAUCAAGCAAUUUUAAAAAAGGUUACGUAGUUGAAAACAUGUAGGGAAUAUUUAUUUGGUUUUAGUUAGGGCACCAUGUGUUGGCUGGGAGUAAUAUUCCGGCAAAAUGUUUCGGUGCAUCUGUGCUUUCGAUUGGCUCGAGCUCGGUUUUAGUAGAGAUGUAAAAGAGUAGCUCUGAUUUGAUGCCUCUAGAAAUGUAUUUGUACGGUGAGAAUGGACCCAGUAGAUAUUUGAAAGAAAUGCGUGCAAGAGGGGAUCGAGGCGCACGUGGCCAUGCAUAUUUGAUUUCAAACUCAAAUCACUGCACGCGGUGACAGACAGCACUGUCCGUGUGUUUUGCAGAGAGGCAAGCUCUGGGCAGCAACCUGCCGAUACCCGGCAGAUGUCUUCCCCGAGUAGCGUCGGCUGGAACGGCACACGACAUGCGCUGCAGUAAGAGACAGAGACGGCUCUCAGUAAGGAGUUUACUAAGAGAAAAAAAUGCUGCAGAUUGAUUUUGGUGUGCCAACGAAAAGAUCUAGUCUUGUAUUAAACUGGAAAACUUGUUGCGGUCUUUGUAUGGAAACAAAAGAAAAAAGACACUGUUGGCAACAUUUGUACUUAAACUGAGCAAUAUAAAGUGAGUUGCAUGGUGGUACUGAAAGAAUAAAUUUACUGGAUAUGGUCUUGAUCUGUUGACUAGAUAUUGUAGUCCUCUUAUGGUGAUGGAAAAUAUUGAGAAAUAUUAAAAUGUAUAUUUCAGAUGCCAGUACACCAAGAUUAAUGUACAUAAUAUGUAUGUAUGUAUGUAUGUAUGUAUGUACCAUGUGGUACAUACUCAAAUCUUGACGUGAGACUCAAUGGUCAGCGUGAUGUUUCAAAAUGUUUGUGGAUUGACAUGAAUCAGAAUAUUUCCAUUGUGAAAAAACAAAUGUUUGUAACAAUUUAUUGUCCAGAAAAGUUGGCAAAAGUUGAUAUAGCAUGAGACUGAAAUGAAAAUUUAAUAAAUGGAAAUUGAUAAUCUGGCAAAAAAAAUGUAUGAAAUUAAUGAAGGAAUCAAUUUGAAAGACAUUUCAACAGUAGUUAUCUAAAUUAAUAAAACAAAAAAUCUGAAAUAUUGCUCUUGGACAUGGCACAAGACUAUUUGCAUUUGGUGGUUUUUACUGUGUGUGUUUUUUUUUUCAGAUACAUUUAUUCUGUUUACCUGGUCUGUAAAACAAUUUUUUUGGGGUGUUACAUAAUGUAUAGGCUUUAAUAAUUUUGUGAAACUGUUUGAAUAUUUGCUAAAUUGUUUUAUUAAAUUUCUGGAUAAAUAAUAAAAAAAGUCAAAGAUAUUGUAUACAUUGGUAUUUUUAAUGUUUCAGAUGGUUUCACAUUGUAGAAAAGGCAUUUUUAAAGUUGUACAACACUAAUAACAUCUCGAUUCUCUGCUCAUGUGGCUAUGCUUUUGUAACACAGUUUGUUUACUGGCUGCCAUGCCAUGUUUACGUGUUAGUGACAAGUUACUGUAGCGGUUCGGAACACAUUGAUUCACCAACUCGGUCAAAGACUGGUUGUCGGCAUCUGACCUUGUUACACCUGAAUGAGCGAGGGAAAACUACAGUCCAUAGAUCGAGCUGUUGCAAACAAACUCACUUUCAGAAGCAGACUUCAUAUCGAGCACUCCUCGCGAACUAGUGGUCCAUGUUGCAACUUUCAGAAACUCUGUAGCUGCAAAAGUGGUGUGGUCCUUACGCAAUGCCACAUGCCACAUCUGUUUUAUAGAGACUUAAAUAUUAUUGAUUUUUUUUUUUGACGAAUCCUCAGUUUAACAAAAUUCGGGGCUAGAGUAGUUCAGAAACGUUUGUUAAAAGAAUUCGUUAUAUUUAUUUCACCCUAAAUACUGACCGGGACUUUCUAUUUUACAGCGGCAGACAAACAUCGUCGGUUUGCGAUUCCGUAUGCACGAGAUUACCAUUUUGCUUUUCUUUUUUCCUUGCAGUCAUCAACAACAUGGUUUACGGUGCAAGAAACGCUGGCUGCUUCUCCUUCCGUGAGGAUGAAAAUGGAUCCGGACUGCGGCCCGUGGCGGGCCGCCCCCGUGCCCCCAGUCGCGGCACAGGCAAGCCUGCCCCUGUUCGCCAACUUGAAGCUGAGUGGCUCCGUGGACCCUUACCUGAGCUCGGAGCCGCACCAUUGGAGACAGUUGAAUCCAGGGAGCUUGGACUUCCAGCACCUAGGAGCUUCGACGGACACGCGCCUGUUCGCGACUGGUACACUCGAGAUAUUCCAAGACCUGAGCGGCUACUGCCAGCCGUGGGGAAGCUGCCAGCCCUCUACCUCCAUGGGGAACGCUGCGAGCACUUCCUUUUCUGCGAGCGAGGGUGAACUCAACACCCCGGAGAUAGGAGCUGUGAGUGGAUUCGAAUUCAUCAGUUCGGCUGACAACAUUAAUCAAUUGGGGGACGACUUCUGUCCGGAGGUUCUGGAUGCUUUUCUUAACUCUGCGGAGGAUGUGGACAUCGUGGAGGACGAUCACGCGAGAGUGGACAGUGUCGAGGUUGCGGAGGACGAACAAUCGAAAGUGGACUGUGCCGCGGAACACGACCUGGGUCUGGUCGAGCACGAGGAGGUGGUGGGGGGGUGGGAGGAGCUCCCGGACCCCCUGAGCUGCGGCGUGAAGUGCGAGAGUGUCGGUGAGGUGGCGGAGGAGCCGCACCUCGUCUCGAGGUCUCCCGCGCGCGAGGGCGACCGACCGUUGUUCGAGGACUUGCCCGUGCUCCUUCCCGGGCAGCUGGUGGCCGUCGGGGGGCCCAAGCUGGACCUCGGCCUGCUCCUGGAGCCGGCCGUGACCCCCGGCGAUGUGAUCGGCACGCCCGAGGUGCUGAACCUGCUCUGCGACACGGACGUCGGCUACGACUGGCCCGACAGUCGCGACAGCUCGACACCUGGUUCUGUAGUCUCUCGGACCUCGGUCACGGUGGAACUGCCGCUGCCGGCAGAAGAGCCUGUUGCGUCGGGGGAAGCUUGCUUCAGGGAGAGGGACGGGAACACCUCGGGGCCGGCCGCGAGGGUCUCCAGGAAGAGGAAAGGUGCGGCGCUGGUUGACUCCGAAGCAGCCGUGUCGCCGGCGCCGGCCAAGCGGGGCAGGCGGGCGCGCGGGGAGGAGGGGGAGCCGUCGAGCGGGGCGUCUCCCGCGGCGGGGCGGAGGCCCAGGUUGUCCGCGUCGUCGGCGGAGGAGGACAUCUGCCAGAAGUACCGGGAGCUGCGCGACAGGAACAACGAGGCGUCGCGGCGCUCGCGCCUCAACCGCAAGACCCAGGACGAGGAGAUGAAGAAGAGCGCGGAACACCUCGAGGCGGAGAACGAAAGGCUGCGGGUGAAAGUCGAAAAACUGGAAAAGCUGAGGGACAAGGUUAAGGAAGCUUUGUUUAGUUUAGUUAAGGGAAACAGUUCGUAGAUCCUCAUGCUAUGAAUGGACUUAAUUUGGAAUCUAAUCAAUUUUUUUUUUUUUUCCCAUUGUAUGUGACAUCAUGCCUUAGUUUCUAAGUUAGUUAAUAGUUGUUGGCAUUAUAAUUGCCUACAUGUGAAUUUUUUUUUUCCAACUUAUGCAUGUAAAAACAGUGUCAGUGUUAUUUGUGAUAUUUAUUUGUUUGUAUACAUUAAUAAAAUAAUUUCAA